AAGAUUCCAGGCGGGAACUGAUAGUCGCUGCCGCCGGGAAAACACUGCCACCUCUUCCGGUUGAGCAUCACGCUUGGCGGGACACGACUAAUACAAACGUUUCCAAGCCGUGAACAAUCGUGUGACGGCGGCCGUAGUCGGUAAUGUACAAACCGGAGAGAACGGCCGCAGAAAGAACCCGUCCUCCGCCCGUUAAAGUGCUGUCCGGCCAGCUGAGGACGGCAGAGAGCCAGGGGACAGCCGGCGGCGGGGACGGCUUCGUCAUCAGACCGGGCAGGGGUCGCUCUCUGCCGGUCUCCCUGGUGUGGAUGCAGGGGGCUGUGCUGGAGGUGCAGCUGGACCGAAACACCGCGCUGCUGAUGGAUGAAACGGGGACGUUCGCUGUCCAGGGCGUCGACAGCGUCCCCAAGGGGAAGCCGUGUCUGUCCCAAGGCAAGUAUGUCAUGGUGAUGGGUGUCAUCCAGGCCAUAUCCCCGGAGCCAGUCAUCCGCGCGGUGAAGAUGGCAGACCUCUCGGAGCUCGCUGUGCUCCACAGACGGAUGUGGAAGCUCGAGGUGGAGGACCUGCAGCAGGUGCUGGCCUGAAUGCAGAAGCGCGGCCGUGCCCGUGCGGUGUAUAUACUGCGAGUGAUUGUUGACCAACGGAAAAACUACCUCACUGGACGGCAGAGAAGAUUCUCCAGGACGUCAGGGCUUGGCUGGGAGGCAGGAUUCAAGAGUGACAAAGACUUUGUGACAAGACAGACUUGUAUUUGUGUAUAUUUUGACAGUGAAAUGUGAUACAAAAAAUAAUUGAUCUGCUGAUGCUUGGGAAGGAAAAUUACACUUAUGGGGCCAUCUUGUCUCAUUAACCAAUUUCUGGUAACUUCUUGUCAGGUUAUACUUUUGGUGUCCGUUUACAGCAGAUAUAAGAUGCCGGACGGCUCUUAGAUAUUAAAUAUCCAGAUUUUCUCUACUAAAGUCUGAGUUUAAAUAUCUAUGUAUGUGACAAAUUGGGAUUGUGUUAGCAAAACCUGGUUUUCAGGGAUAAAUUAUUUAGCUUCUUCUUGAUUGCUGCAGCGAAACAAUUUAAAUAAUAAAAAAUAAAUUAAAAAAAGUAUCCAUGUUCAUUUCUGCCUGUGACAGUGGUGGAAUAGUACUAAAUACAUAUACUCAAGUACUGUAUCUCAGCUUCAUAGUACUUUAAACUUUCUCGCUACAUUUUAGAGGGAAAUAUUGUACUUCUUACUCCACAACAGUCAUUUGACAGCUGUAGUUUCUGGUGUACAAAUCAUGACCUUAUAAAAUGUACCAGCUAUAAACUACCCUAUAAUAUAGUUGGGGGGAAAAAAUAGCUUGACCUCCAACAAAGCCAAGUUAAAAGCUGCUUACACAUUAAUGCAUCAGUAAUAAUGACAUUAUAUUCCAAAAUACCAGUCACAGGGAGGCAGAGGAUCUUUACUUUUUAUAAUUUAAGUACAUUUUGGUAAUACUACC